UCUCUCUCUCUCUCUCUCUCUCUCUCUCUCUCUCUCUCUCUCUCUCUCUCUCUCUCUCUCUCUCUCCCUCUUAUCUCAUUGAUUUCAUGACAGUGAAGCAUUUUUGUAUGGUGAUGAGGAUCAAUAUUGACUGCAAUGGUUGUUAUAGAAAAGUGAAGAGAGCCCUUCUUGAAAUGCCAGAGUUGGAGAGCCAUUUCCUAGAGAAGAAGCAAACAAGAGUAAUUGUGUGUGGCAGUUUCAUCCCUCAAGAUGUUGCAAUCAAGAUAAAGAAAAAAACCAAUCGAAGAGUUGAAAUAUUGGACAUACAAGAUUUGAGUGAAAACAAUGAUGAAAUUAUUGAAGAUCAGAAACCAAUUACUAGCCCCCAAAAACCAAUUGAAAGAAAUAUGUUUGGUAGCUCGAUAGAAACAAAGAGAGAUAUGCCUCCUCUCAACCAUAGAGUUCACUACACAUCAACUGUUUCUUAUAUUUAGAACCAAAAAGAGUAUAACCGAGAUCAACUAUCUCUUAUAUUUUAGGACCGAAAAGCCUCGAAAUCAACUAUCUCUUAUAUUUGUUAUUUUUAAGUGUAUUUAGUAUACUUGGAAACAUAGAUUUUUAGUUUACUUUGUUCAUGGCUUUAAGCCUUGAAGUCUAUAAGUUAUAGUAGCAUUGUUUUGAUGUUCUCAGAAAUAGGAUUGUUAAUCACCUUUCUUUGUGCUACGCUUUGGCUCAAUUUGUGAAAGACCAAUUUUGAAA